AUGUCCCGCAAACGGCGCAACACCUCGUCGCCCGAGCCUGACAGCCCUUCGGACCCCAACUCUCCGCCGUCACAGGAUGAUGCACAGGACGAAUGGGACGAUUCGGACGAAGAAGAGGUCAAAGAGGCCCCAAGGGUCAAUGAAUAUACAGGGCAGGUCGGAGCGUUUCCAGGGCUCACGAGUGAUGGAGACGAACUCUUUUACGGUCCUGCCUCAGACGGCAUUGACUACCUGCGCAUGGUUCGAUCCGAAGCGAAAGCUGUUCCCUACAUCUUGACGGCCCCAACCGAGCAGACACGGGAGGCGAGGAAUGGGAAUGGAUUGCUAUUACACGCUGAAGACGGGGGCUACUUUCACGAUGGCGCUUACACGGCGAUCGGAAGCCUAUCUCCGGGCGAAAGCGAACCAUUAUCCUCUGCCCAACAGCGGUAUUACGACACUCUGCUCUCGCAAUUCAGGCUCGUGCAGGCUACCAUGCGCUGUGUGCCUCCACUGUCCGCGAUUCAGAGUCUUGCCCCAUCGCAGUUGAUCUCGUUACCACAAGGUUCCAGAAAAGCCCGGACGCAGUGGGAGGCUCAUAUUGUAAGACAAGAUCCUCACCCUGUUCAGAUCGCUUGCAUGGAUUCUGGUACUGUCUUGGAGCUGGUAAAACUGCUUCAGCGGAGGCUGUCUGUGUUCCUCCAGCACAAGAAUGAGGGUGUCAUUAGGCGUAUUGGUGCAUGGACCUGGGCAGUACUGGGAAGAUGUCCCGAUCGUGGGGAAUUGUCGAGCGAGGACAUUGGCGAGCUCAGACAGCUCGCCCAAGAGGCCGUCAAAGUGCACCAAAAGGGGAUGGCAGGGAUCAAUGGCAUAACAUCGGAUGACGACGAGGAUAGUGAGGUAUCAAGCCAAGGGCAGCCGGUCGAGCAGCAAGAUCCUGGUCAGGAUGUGGGGGAUGUACAAGAGGGGCGGGAGUCUGUAGGCGAGCAGGAGGCGCGAUCAGCCGGAGUUGAGAUGGUUGCAGACGUUGAACUUGAGGAAUCGGCCCGAGACAGAUUGAUUAAAGUGACGGUGGAUAUGAUCAUCACGGUCGUGGGCGAGAUGUACGGCCAGCGCGAUCUGUUGCAGCUGCGCCCAAGAUGGAAGGACGAGUCAGGCUGA